AUGCCACCAACAAAGAAGGUGACAGCUUUUUCGCGUGCUCAGGAGUUUCCUGAAGAUUUUGUAGUAGAUUUCACCAAGCUGAUGUGUCGCUUUUGUGGACGCAGUGUUAAUUAUAAGAAUAAAGCAUAUGUAAUUUCUCAUUUAAAUUUAAAAAUACAUAAAAAAAAUCGAGAAACUUAUCUUAAUAAUAAUCAAAGCACCCAACAACAAACUCUUCCCUCUGCAAUAAAAAUUGCUAAUAUAAAGAGAGAAAUGGUCUAUGAUUUGCUUGAAGCCUGGGUUGGUGCCAAUACCCCACUAGAAAAAUUUGAUAAGUUUCGUGGAUUUUUAGUUAAAUAUUGUCGUAAAGAUGGUAUUAUUCCAGGUUCAAAUGCAUUGAGAAAACAGUAUUUGAUGAAAGUAUUUCAUAAGCAUAUAGAAAAACUUUGGAAUGAAUUU